GGGAGAAAGCCCCCCACAGAUGGGAGGAGCAACUGGACGGGAGAGCCUGUUCAGCUCCUUAAUCCCUGGACCGGGAUGUGCUCAAUCACGUUCUGUACUUAUGAAACAGGCAGAGACUUUAGUUGCCAAAUGGCACAACCCUGACCCCAGAAAUUCUAGUAAGGAGCAUUUGACCAUCUAAUCUCCAACUGUUGAACCUUCCAAUAUCAGGAUUAGAAAAGAGUGCCUUCAGAAUCAAUAUGUAGCAAAAGGGUAUUGUGCCACUGAAGCUCCUCCCUCAAUCCAAUUGUUUGUAUUUUAAGGAUCCUUGUAGCUUCAGCAGCAAAUUGUUUUUGUCACAUUAAAAAAGUGGAUUUCAUGUGGUGCUUGCAAAACAUUGAAUCGCCAUGAGUAGUAAUCUAGGAAAAGAAAAAGACUGUAAAGAGAAGGAUCCAAAAGUCCCGUCUGCAAAAGAGAGAGAGAAGGAGGCCAAGGCGUCUGGAGGACUUGGGAAAGAGAGUAAAGAAAAGGAGCCUAAGACCAAAGGGAAAGAUGCCAAAGAUGGAAAAAAGGACUCCAGUAGUGCGCAGCCUGGGGUGGCUUUUUCAGUGGACAACACGAUAAAACGACCUAAUCCAGCCCCAGGCGCUCGCAAAAAAUCCAGCAAUGCUGAGUUGAUCAAAGAGCUAAAUAAAUGCCGGGAAGAGAAUGCGAUUCGCUUGGACUUAGCCAAGAGGUCUAUACACAUGCUUCCAUCGUCUAUCAAAGAGUUGACACAGCUAACGGAACUUUAUUUAUACGGUAACAAACUGCAGUCCUUACCGGCCGAGGUGGGCUGUCUCGUGAAUCUGGUGACACUGGCACUGAGUGAGAACUCGCUUACCAGUUUGCCUGACUCUCUUGAUAACUUGAAGAAAUUGGCCAUGCUUGACUUGCGGCAUAACAAACUUAGAGAAAUUCCUUCGGUGGUGUACAGGCUAUGUUCUCUCGCCACUCUUUAUCUACGCUUUAAUCGUGUAACUACUGUGGAAAAGGAUAUCAAAAACUUGUCAAGACUCACCACGCUUAGCAUACGAGAGAACAAAAUUAAGCAACUACCUGCUGAAAUCGGUGAGUUGUGUAACCUUGCAACGCUGGAUGUAGCGCACAAUCAGCUUGAACAUCUUCCAGAGGAGAUUGGGAAUUGCACGCAGAUCACCAAACUUGACUUGCAGCACAAUGAACUCUUGGACCUGCCAGAAACUAUAGGAAACCUGUCUAGUUUAAGUCGUCUUGGCCUGAGGUACAAUAGGCUGUCGUCAAUUCCGAAGUCGUUUUCAAAAUGCAGUGAACUUGAAGAACUGAAUUUGGAGAACAACAACAUUUCUACUUUACCAGAGGGUCUUUUAUCCAGUCUUGUGAAGAUGACUAGUUUAACACUAGCCAGGAAUUGCUUCCAGUCGUACCCCGUGGGUGGUCCAUCACAAUUCUCUACAAUCUAUUCUCUCAACAUGGAACACAACCGCAUCAAUAAAAUCCCCUUUGGAAUUUUCUCUAGAGCGAAAGUGUUAAGCAAGCUGAACAUGAAGGACAAUCAGCUAACCUCUCUUCCUUUGGACUUUGGAACGUGGAUUAGUAUGGUAGACCUGAAUUUAGCCACUAAUCAGCUCUCAAAAAUUCCUGAGGAUGUCUCUGGGCUGGUUUCCCUUGAGGUUCUUAUCUUGUCAAACAAUCUUCUAAGGAAACUUCCCCAUGGCAUUGGAAAUCUGCGGAAACUGCGAGAAUUGGAUCUAGAGGAGAACAAACUGGAAUCCUUGCCAAAUGAAAUAGCUUACCUUAAGGAUCUGCAGAAAUUAGUUUUGACUAAUAAUCAGUUGACCACCCUUCCAAGAGGAAUUGGCCACCUUACCAAUCUGACGCAUCUUGGGCUUGGAGAGAAUCUUCUUACACACCUUCCUGAAGAAAUUGGUACACUGGAGAAUCUGGAAGAACUGUAUUUGAAUGACAACCCCAAUCUACACAGCCUUCCUUUCGAGCUGGCGCUCUGCAGCAAACUAUCAAUAAUGAGCAUUGAGAACUGCCCACUCAGCCACCUUCCGCCUCAGAUCGUUGCUGGAGGACCCUCGUUCAUCAUUCAGUUCCUAAAAAUGCAGGGACCAUAUCGUGCCAUGGUCUGAUGCAAAUCGGAUUGUCCCAUACACUGUACAAAAUCCAAACUGCAUUAAUGUUACCAUUAUUUAUAUAUACAAUAUGUGCAUCAUGUAUUGUAUUAUAUAUAUAAAUAAUGUAAAAGGCAAAUUUGAGACUGCAUUAUGUGUUUCUGCUAAUAGAGGAAUCAUAGCCAUUUAGAUUUUUUUAAUUCUGUAAAAAUGCUUGUCUAAGUUUUCUUUGCUGAAUUUGAUGGAUGUUUGUCUGAGUAAUCUGGAAAUGCCAGUUCACAUAAAGUGAUUGCCAACAAAUUCAAAAAUUAAUUUUAAGGGAGAAAAAUAAUUUUGCUUGCAUCUACUUUCAGUGAAGAAACAUGCACACAAUCUUAUAGAGUGAGCGUUUGUUUCCCUCCUCCUUUUGUGUUGAACCCAGUAGGAUCGUAUGUCCUGAAGUUGGGAUUUUCUUUAACUUAUUUUGAGAUCUGAAACAAACGGUGUUUUUGUAUUGUUUACAGUCAGAGUAAAUCACUGGGUUUUGUUUUGUUUUGAUUUGCUCUGUUUUAAUCAAUCAUAUCUAGAAUUUACAUGCUUCUGCUGAAAAAUUUUUAUUGACCGGUUUAUAUACUAAAAAUAUUCACUCAUCAAAACAACUGGUAGGGUGGAAAAGAUGCAGUCAAAAAGAGCUUGAAUUCUUUUAAGUCUUGCUUCUCUGUGGGCAUAACAUAUCUGAACUGAGCCUUUUGCGGUUGAUCUUUUCUAGCACAAUUAACCUUUUCAGAUUGGUAAAAAUAUUAAAUGGUCUCAGUGAAAAGCAGUUCUCAUUUUGUGAAGUUAGAAUUCCAUAAGGUCUAACAAUAGCGUUGAAUGGCAAGGAAAUAAUAUAUACGGACCUUUUUUAUUAUAAUAUUAUCAUGAAUUACAAUGAACAAUUUUAAGGAUUCCUCACAGUCCUUGUACAAAAAGAUGAAUGUGUCUUACUUUUAAACACUGCAGUUAUUAUAUGUAAGUUUUAAGGGUGGUUAACAAUGUACUAUGGUUUUAUAUCUUGACUUGCCUUGUACCUCCUUCCACGAUGGAACCUCUGUGUCCAAGCACAAUAUCUUCACACUGUGCUGUUUUGCUGCUGAACUAAAUGCACUUUCCCCCACUGCUUGGGGCACUUGCUUCAAAAUAUUCAGUUCAGUACCACGGUUAUGCUUUUAUAUAACCUCAUCCUGUCAACUUCAGUAUUAAAACCGAUCUGUUAUAAAGAGGCACUUUUUUUUUUUUUCAUUUGUGCAUAGAUGGUAGCUCCAUAGAAAUACUGUAAGUUGUUCUCACACAGUUCUGUUCCCUUUACCUUGGUUGCUUCAAGGCAGAACUUGCUUCAGUGAUAUGCACACCAUUGCUGCACUUGCCGUGCCAGUUCCCCUUCUUUUCUUUAAGAAGAUGGAAAGUCUAAGGGCAGUUGCAUUCCAGUUGUUCACUAAACUGUCCAGUUGACUUGCAUAAUGGAUUGCUGCUGGGGUGUUGUGAGCUAGUGUAUCUUUUGAACAAAAUGCAAUCAUUGGAUGCCAUGAGAAAUGUAUUUCACAUGCAGAAAUUUGAGGAUAUGAUUUCUGGCUUUAAGGUUGUGCUUAAUUUUAUGUAUUGCCUUGUUCCGGUUUUCCCAACAUGGACUGUAACUUGUGUUCUGUUUUGUCUGAUGUCUUUUCAUUAACAAGGAGCCUCUUGAAAGGCAGGUGGAGAUAUAAAACCUUAGAGGACUUAAACAUGCUGUAAAACUAUUGUAGAUGUCACUGGAUUUUACAAAGUAAUGUCCUUUCCCCUCCCUUGUAUUUUUUUUUUUUUUUUUACAUCUUCUGUAGCUUUUCAGUUUAGAUUUUAGUUUAUAAAAAGUGUAUGUUACAUUUCUGGCUGGAGUUGAUCUUUCUCAGCAGUAAGUCAAGAUGCUGAAAUGUGUCAUUUCAAACUGUAAUGGAGUUUCUGAAUUUACUGUUAAAACCUACGCUGUACUCGAUUCAGCUCAGUUCAUUUGGGGACAACCGUUUUUUUUUUUUUGGUUAGUUGAUGAAUUUCCUCAAAACAAAGAUAACUUUGUCUCGUGUCUUUUAAAUUAUAUUGGUUGUCUUCCCCCAUUUGCUCCUCCAGUUCCCCUUGAAUGAGAAUUUAUCCUUAAAUUUAUAAAUCAUCUCGUCUCUGUCCUUUGCAACAGGGCAAGAUUUUAACAAUGAAGUAUAAUACAAAACCAAAGUCCAAGAAGAAUCAUUGUAGAGACUUCCCAAAAGCCUGAAGUAGUAGUGUAUCUAAUGGCAGGGGGCCAGUCCUGUCCUUACCACCUCUUGCCCCCUGCCAGUGGAAUACAUGCUUCCGAUUAUCACAGGCUAGAAAGAUUCAGGUAUGGACGUUGUUGGGCUGUAUUCAUGGAAGUGAGAUUGUUUAGGAUGUAAAUAGUGUGAUCAGAUUAUUCACCUGGUUAAAAUGCAUGGUUAAUGACUCUGAUUGAGCUGACCCCCUCUUUAUAAUACUCCACAGGAUGAGAACUUGGUUACCAAAAAUGCUUGUUACAGUCUUACAAAUAAACGUGCAGUCUUUUGAUUUCACUUAGAGGAAUGAAUAAAGUACUGAAUCAAAAUAUAGUGAUGUUAAAAAAAGGAUAUUUUUAUCAGAGUAUCCUUAUGCUAGUGUAGUUGUGAUAAUGCUAAAUACUCCCAAGUUGUCUUUGGGAGUGUUUUUAAUUUUUUAGAAAUUCGGAGGUGAACAUUUGGGAGUGUCUAGAGGGAGAGAUGAUUCAAAACAGCACCAGAUGUUCUGGGGCAGAAAAGAAACUUCAAGAAUUCAGAAGGUUUUCCCUAUAACUUGAAUUAUGUACUUUGGCUAUUAAAUGAGUAUCUUGGAUUUGGGAAUAAGCUUUAGCAAGCAAAAUAAUUCUGAAUUCCUGAUUUUUCAGGGUGUUAGAUUGUCACCUAGGUUUCUAGGUUGUCUUUUUCUGCCAAAUGCCAUAUGCUGUAAUUCAUGCUCUCAUAUACAUUUUAAGAUUUUUACAUCAUGCUGGUCAAAUUAAAAAUAAGUAAAAUAAGAUAUGGUAUAUUAAAGCAUGAGCAAGCUGCAGGAACAGGAUUCUGAAGGGUAUUUAAGUAGCAGGUGGACAAAGGGAUGUUCCAGAUGUUUCGAUUAAAACUUUUACGUCCCUUGCCAUACUGAUUUGACUAGUGUUAUCUCUGAAAUGCAUUAAGGCCAGGUACAGACAUUACACUUUAACUGGUAUAAGUGAUUAGAAAUGAAUUUGUACCCGUCAGAGAAGUUCAGCACACAAAACCAGUGUAUACCCAUAACAGAACAGAGUUUUGGUGCAUAAACUGGUUUAAAAAUGGUGGUACCUGGUCUAAGAUUUGCCCCCACUCCUUUCCUUCCUCCCCCCAGCCCCCGGGCAAAUAUGUGUUUGGUUCAGCACUGAUCUAAACUACGCUGCUUACAAAAAACUGCAACUUCGAUUCCUCCCCUGACUUCUUGAAUGUCUGUACCUAGCCUGAGAGACCAUAAUUAGAAUAAGUGUGACAAUCUUUAGGUCCCUGGUCUGGAUGCAAAAGCAAAUCAUGACUUGUAUUGCCUAAUUCGGGCAAUAUUGGCAACCAUAUGGGGCACUGUCAUGGACCAUACCUUGACUAACACAAGCAAAAUACUGUGCUACAGAGUAUAGUGUUAUGGAAAUCUGAUAAAGUAGAAAAUAGAUUAGGGAGCGUUUAAAUGUAAAGGAGGAACAAUUGCCAACAUGAGUUGUGUUUUGAAGCACGUACUUGCAUUUUGAUUGGUCAAGUAGAAAGUUGAUUGCGGACUCUUGGCUGGAAAAAACAUUUUUAUUUAUAAACACUAUAAAAAUAUUGAAGUUGCCCCUCUGACCACCUCGUUUAACUUUCUGAACAGGAACAUUUAGAUGACUAUCCAGGCAUUGGUAACUGCAGUAGAAAUACUGUGUGUGAAAGUAGGGGGACGUGGUUCAAAAUUGGCACUUUGAGGUUGCCACAUGCUAUUGGAAACUGAAAUCCAUGUUAUUUUAUUUUAAAACAAUCUAGUAAUGUAGAAUAUUUGGUGCUUCAGUGCCUCUCUCUUAGACUUUCUGUGCAGUUUUGUCCAUCUUUAGCUGAUGUUGUGUAAGAAAUUGCAUGUUCAGACUUCUUGAAGGUAGUGUUUGCUCAUGUAAAUGGUUUAAAAAGCAGUACUCUAGCUGGUUAGCACUUAAACCCACUGCAUCACCUAAAGCGCAAAAACUUUCAGUACCAUAUUUAAUUCUGGAAGUCUGCAAAAUAGCUUUUUUUCUUCUUCUUCUUUUUUUUUUUUUUUUUUUUUUUUUUUUUUUGUGGAAAGCUUUGUUAACAGAUGUUACUUUGUUACUUUUUCUUUCCUAUUUUGUUUUCUUUUAAAUCUCUGAAAGAUCAAUACAAACUCAUUAACAUAUCAAGGGACAGAGGAUGUCUUAAUUCAUAACCAAGGAAUCUAAAUGCAGCAGAGUGCUUUUGUAUAGUCAAUAUUGCACCUCAGUUGUACGUUGAACCGGCAUGCCAGAACUUGCUUUUAAUUAGAUGUGCAGUUGGCAGUGAUUUGCACAACACACAAACUUCAAGGCACAGUUAGGACAAUUACAAACAAAUGAUAGCAUCUACAAACAGUAUCAAAUGGUUUUUGGUUUUAUUCUAGCAAAGAUCAGAAGAUUAUGUUUAUUAUGAUAUUUAGGUCUUAACCGGGACUGCACAGGAUUUUUGCUGUGGGAAUAUACCAGACCACGAUAAUUUGUGGUCAAAAGCUAAAUAAGAGUGUAAACAGUCUACAAAAAUGUACUUUUAAUCUGAAUUAUUGUAAUGUUGAUUGUUAUGUCUAUAUAAAAGAUUGCCUUGCUUUUUUAUAAAGUCAUUCUGUAUCAAUGCAUUCAUUAUAAAUAUAUUUGUAAAUGA